AUGGUGGAAGAAGACGCCAAUUCCCCUCCCAAGGAAACGGAGACUACGACUAUCCAGUCCCCGACCUCGAGCUCGAGAUACAGUAAGCAUAUCGUUUUAACUACCUACCCCGGCCAAAGCGGUAUCGAUCCUGUUCCUUUGGAAUGGGGGGCGAAGGACGCACGAUCUCGUGGCCCUGUUGUCGUCUCGCGCAGCGGAGCGUUCCUCAAGCGUCGCAAUGCAAUGGGUGCCCAUGGAGGGAGCUAUAGCAUCUAUAACGCCCUAGCUAUCGCAGCGGGUGAUUUAGAUCCAAACUUUCUCCCAAACUUCAAGAAUACGGAACCAACUUUCGAUUUCCCCUGGCAGCCGUCGUGGGCCGAUAAGACCAAGAUAGUGUCGAUGGAUCCCUUUGGGCAUGAUAUCGUCAAGUAUUUUGGUGAGGAGAUCAAUGCCGGUUGGGAUAUACGACCCACGAUGGCUAUCACCCGUGCGAAUAUGAAACUUGCGGAGAUUGGGGAGGCGGUCCGGGAUGGACAACUUGAAGUUGAUGGGUCGAUUGUUGUAGAUUCUCAGGGCGAAGUCCGCGUUACCAAGGUCGCCGUUGAGCCUGUAUGGUAUCUACCAGGAGUCGCGGAACGGUUCGGAGUGGAUGAGCCCACCUUGCGCCGGAUUCUGUUCGAACACACUGGCGGUAGCUAUCCCGAACUGAUAACGAGGCCCGAUCUUAAGAUUUUCCUCCCCCCCAUUGGUGGCUUGACCGUCUAUAUCUUCGGACCCCCCGAGCGAGUUUCUGAUGAGAAUGUCAAGCUAGCCUUACGAAUCCAUGACGAGUGCAAUGGUAGUGAUGUUUUCCAGUCCGAUAUCUGCACAUGUCGACCGUAUCUGGCAUUCGGCAUUCGCGAGGCGAUUCGAGAAGCACAGAAUGGAGGCAGUGGUGUUGUGAUCUACUUCCGUAAAGAGGGUCGUGCUCUUGGAGAGGUGACAAAGUACUUGGUGUAUAACGCCCGCAAACGUGGUGGCGAUACUGCCGAUAAAUACUUUACUCGAACGGAAAAUAUUGCUGGCGUGCGAGAUAUGCGUUUCCAAGCCCUCAUGCCUGACAUUCUGCACUGGCUAGGGAUCAAGAAGAUCGACAAAAUGCUGUCGAUGUCGAACAUGAAGCACGACGCUAUUGUUGAUUCAGGAAUCAAGAUCCUCGAGCGCGUCCCAAUUCCUGAGGAUAUGAUCCCCAGCGACUCGAGGGUCGAAAUUGAUGCCAAAAUCAAUGCUGGGUACUUCACAACGGGCAAGCCAUAUACGAUGGAAGAGCUGGCUCAAGUGCGCGGACGUGGAUGGGAGAAGUGGGAGGACGUGACGCACUAG